ACGCCAUGAAUAGCCGUACACCCUGUGAUAGGAGACUCACUUCCUUGUUCAACACAAAUCACGGUGAUGUGAAGGGGACAGAAAAGAACGUUCUGACAGACACCUGGAAGAUGAUUUUCUUCAGCAUUCUACUCAAGCAUGCAAGUUUAGUCAUAUUUGCACAAGGAGCAGGAUCAAGUUGCCACUACAAGAAUGGAUGCAAUGCUAGCAAUGACGUGUGUUCAGUACCUCAUCCGGUUUGUGUGACAGACUGGAUUGGAGAGUACUGUCAAAUGCAUAACAUCGCACGUGGUAAACCGGCCAGUCAGAGCAGCACGUGGACAUACGCUACUACAACAUUUGAUGCCGGUAAAGCUGUCGAUGGGGAUGUCAACACAGACUUUUCUCAUGGAAGUUGUUCACACACAACCGAACCUAACAAUGGAAAUGCAAGCUGGCAUGUUUUUCUUGGUGGAACGUUUCUAAUCAGCAGGAUAACAAUCUAUCUCCGUGGAAACAGCAUUGGCAACAAUCAAGCAAUGGAAGUAUUGAUCAGUGGUAACACCUGUAGAAAGUUACCCGUCACAGACAUCAGAGACUCUCCAUAUCAUCUGAUAACUAACCCGGUGACACUCAGCUGUAUGGAACCUACAGAGGGCGACAAUGUAACAAUUUCAAUGGCAGGACCUUAUUUAGCACUUUGUGAGGUGCAGGUGUUUGGUAAAAAGAAAGAAUCAUGUCACUGCUCUAAUGGCUGCUUAAAUUUCCCGAAUACGUCAUGUUCAACAUCUUCAUCGGGCCCAGUUUGUAAAUCACCAUGGUUCGGAGGCUUAUGUCAAAUGGAAAACAUUGCGUUUCAAAAGACUGCAAGACAGAGUAGCACUUAUAACGAUGGUGGCUCCUAUUGUGCUGCGCAUGCAGUAGAUGGGAACACGGACACAGACUUCAGUCACAGGAGUUGUUCUCACACGAAUGCAGCAGAUGGUGGGACUGCAAGCUGGCAGGUUCUCCUUGAUGAUCACCAGAUGUUUAACAUCAGCAGGAUCAGACUCUACCUGCGUAGUGAUGAUCAGGUUAACAGGAAGAACAUGACAGUGCUAGUGAAUGGCGGCCUAUGUAACUCUGCGAGUGGAACACUUGAUGGCACACUUGGAUAUGGCACAAGCCCCUUUGACAUCACAUGUGCAGACGUUAUGAAAGGGAACAGUGUUACCAUUACUAUGAAUGGACCAUUUCUGGCGUUAUGCGAGGUUCAAAUUUUGGUUUGUAGUGAUGGUUGGUUUGGCUCUGACUGUAACAAACAGUGCCAGUGUCUCAAUCCAUCCGAGGUGUGUGACAAGGGGACUGGCUACUGUAGGAGUGGAUGUGCUGCCGGGAAACACGGACCAGGGUGUCAAGAAGUUUGUAGUGAUGGUUGGUUUGGCUCUGACUGUAACAAACAGUGCCAGUGUCUCAAUCCAUCCGAGGUGUGUGACAAGGGGACUGGCUACUGUGGGAGUGGAUGUGCUGCCGGGAAACACGGACCAGGGUGUCAAGAAGUGUGCAGUGAUGGAUGGUUUGGCUCUGACUGUGACAAGCAGUGCCAGUGUCAGAAUACAUCUGAAGUAUGUGACAAGGAGACUGGCAACUGUAGCAGUGGAUGUGCUGCAAGGAAACAAGGUCCAGCGUGUCAGCAAGGAACGUCAACAGAAUACAAGGGAGUUGCUUCAGACGUCCGCUUCAUCGUUGUGUGUUGCGUGAUGGCGGUGCUGUUUGUAUGUUUAGCAGUAACAACAACACUUGUUGUCAGACUCAAACAAGAGGUUGCCAAAAGCAAAGCUGAACGAGACGAGCAGUACGCGACCCUGGAUACUCGGGGGCAAUUCCCCGUGUAUGACGUCAUCGCUGAGGCAAAUUUAUACAGCAAUGACGUACAACGUGGGUGCAGUGAUGAUGAAAACACCAACACGCAUGUCAAGAAACGUGAUGAGCAAUCAUGAUAGGAUGCCAACAUGUGCCACGCGGCCAAUUUGACUUAUGUUUAGUUAGUGACAGAUGACGGGAAUACAUCCGAUGCCAUUUUCAUGUAUAAAAACAAAUGUUUGUGUGUCUGAAGCUGGUACUGGUAUCAAUAAAAGGUUGCUUGGAGAAACCCCAUCCCAUUAAGCGCAAAGGAUCCCAUUUAGUACAACUCAAACAUCCGUUUGAUAUAGAUAGCCUUUUAUGUUGACAUGUGCAAUUAAAGGCAAUAUGACCUUCA